AGCCGAAAAUGGAACGAGCAGGUCGGUCGUCGACCCUUGGUUCAACAGAUGAUGUCGAGUUGGAACCAAGUGGAACUUCUGCUACAAUACACCUUGAUAUGACUGCAGGUGGCGGCAGCUCUUCAAGUGAUUUUAACCCAUUUGGUGCUAUUGAUGACGUCAGAUUCAAAACAGACGACGAUCUUCCAGACGUCAUGGCUCCGCCGUUUUUCAGUAAAUAUGGAGAUUUUCAUACAAUUGAUUGGCAAAGAGAUUUAGCCAGAGAUCGGUUACGGCAUAAAAUGAUAUCUAAGAAAAAAGUGGAUUUCCCCCUUGGGCUUCUACAAUCGGGAUGGGAUGCCGGAGCAGGAUGGAUAUGCGUUCUUUUUGUUGGACUGGCUGCUGGUGCAACUGCUGGAAUCAUCGAUAUUGGAGCUCGAUGGAUGAGUGAUCUAAAGACAGGAGUGUGUGCGGAUCGUUUCUGGUUGGAUCACGAACACUGUUGUUGGUCAUCAAAUGAUACAUUUUAUAAGGAUGAUGAUUGUAAAGCAUGGACGAAAUGGCCAUGGAUGCUGAAUUACUACAACUCAUCCAGUUUUCUCUUCUUAUUUCUCGAAUGGAUAUUUUAUAUUGGAUGGGCUGUUGCAAUGUCGACUCUUGCCGUUCUUUUCGUUAAAAUAUUCGCUCCCUACGCCUGUGGAUCUGGAAUUCCAGAAAUCAAAUGCAUUUUAUCUGGAUUCGUGAUUCGUGGAUAUCUUGGAAAAUGGACAUUUAUCAUCAAAUCUGUAGGACUUAUUCUAUCGUCAGCUUCUGGUUUGUCUCUUGGAAAAGAAGGUCCAAUGGUCCACUUGGCUUGUUGCAUUGGAAAUAUUUUCUCAUAUUUAUUCCCUAAAUAUGGUCUUAAUGAAGCAAAAAAACGUGAAAUUCUGUCAGCAUCUGCUGCAGCUGGAGUCAGUGUUGCUUUCGGUGCUCCAAUCGGAGGAGUACUAUUCAGUUUAGAAGAAGCUUCAUAUUACUUCCCGCUAAAAACGAUGUGGAGAUCAUUCUUCUGUGCAUUGGUCGCAGGAAUUAUUUUAAGAUUCGUGAAUCCAUUCGGAAGUAAUCAAACAUCGCUUUUCCACGUGGAUUAUAUGAUGAAAUGGACUUUUAUCGAACUCGUCCCGUUUGCAAUUCUCGGCCUUUUCGGUGGUAUUAUCGGCAGUCUCUUCAUUUUUGCAAAUAUCAGAUGGUCUCGUUUCCGAAAGAAUUCCAAAAUGCUUGGUGGAAAUCCAAUCUACGAAGUCAUGCUAAUCACGCUCGUCACUGCAGCCAUCUCCUACUUCAAUCCAUUCACUCGAAAAUCUGCACAAUCAAUGAUUCAACAACUAUUUGAUCGUUGUGAAGAUCAGAUUGAUGAAGAUUCACUUUGUGAUCAGAACAAGGCAUUGAGUAUCGCAUUUGGACAACUUCUAUGGGCUCUUAUUUUCAAGUUUGUAAUCACGAUUUUCACGUUCGGUAUCAAAGUUCCAUGUGGUCUGUUUGUACCAUCAAUUGGAAUGGGAGCAAUCGCUGGUCGUAUUCUUGGAAUCACCGUUGAUCAGAUCUUCAGAGCAGUCCAAGCGACACCCGGCCACUCGGAUUAUUUCACAUGUCAAAUUGGAAAAGAUUGUGUUAUGCCAGGUUUGUAUGCAAUGGUUGGAGCAGCUGCAGUGCUCGGAGGAGUUACCAGAAUGACAGUAUCCUUGGUUGUGAUAAUGUUCGAGUUGACUGGAAGUCUCGAGUUCAUUGUACCAACAAUGGUUGCCACUAUGUUCUCGAAAUGGAUUGGAGAUGGUAUUUCGAAAAUGGGUAUCUAUGAAGCCCACAUCGAAUUAAAUGGAUAUCCAUUCCUCGACUCGAAAGGAGAAUAUCCAUAUUCCACAGUUGCAAGUCAAGUUAUGCGUCCAUCAAUUCAUCGUCAAGUCGCUGACGAAAUGUCUAUGAGUGAUUUAAGAGAGCUCAAGAAUGAGCUUAGCGUGAUAACUGAAAGUGGAAUGACUCUUGGUGAUUUGGAGAGCCUCCUUCGGCAAACUGAUUUCAAUGGUUUCCCAGUUGUGGUAUCACAGAAUAGUAUGCAUCUUGUUGGAUUUAUAACUAGACGAGAUAUUCUCUUGGCAUUACACACCGCUCGUAAAACUCAACCAUACGUUGUCACAAACUCAAUCGCAUAUUUCUCGGAUGGAGUACCUGAUGCAAUGCCUGGUGGUCCUGCUCCACUUCGUUUAAGGAAAAUCUUAGAUAUGGCUCCAAUGACAGUAACGGAUCAAACUCCAAUGGAAACCGUAAUCGAUAUGUUCCGAAAACUUGGACUUCGUCAUGUGCUGGUCACGAAAAAUGGCAAAGUUCUCGGAAUCAUAACGAAAAAAGACAUUCUACAGUUCAUGCGCAACAAAAACUCACAAUAGUCAUUUUUCUUUCUUUCUUUUUAUUUUUCAUUCUUUCCUGUCAAAUUGUACACUUUUCUGCAUAACGUUCUUCUCCAUUUUGCUCAUUUUCCCACCCAUUUCCAGUCAAUUUCCACCAGUUUCACUUUCCAGCCAAAAAACAAAACUGUAAAUGCUUCCCUUUAGAUUUCUAUAAUUUUGUUAUCUGAGCCGUAUGUGCUUCCUAUUUUCCGUGCAUUCGACUUUACUUGACUAUUUAUUAUUUAUAUUAUAUUCACAGAGAUUUUUCAUAAAAUAUAUACCUUUU